AUGGCUACAUGGUUUUGGCUUGAGGACUUUUUUUCUCAAAACAUCUUAUCAACCAUAUUGGCUUUAAGCGAUCCAGUCAUUAUGGCUUUAGCUAACGAGGCUGUCUUGUGCUUCCAAUGCCUUGAUUCUGCUGAGCAGCCAAAUGACUUCAAUCAGAUCCCUCUUACUGCAGAACUCUUAGCAAAAGACAUAUCUCUUCAAAUAUUUCACAAACACCGAUACAGUGCUAUUGCAGGAAUCAGAAACUUUUUAACCACUGUUUGUUCUAGAAUAUUUUCUGAUAUUCUUCAACGAGCUCUUCCACCUUCUUCAUCAUAUCCUUUUGUCACCAGACUCCGCCAUCCUCUUAUCAUCCCCGGCUUUCCCCAUCCGACGUUUGGGAGCAUCAAUGUUAUGCAUGAUGUUGUUGUUGGGGAUAAUCUCUACAACAACAACUUAUUCCCAUGUUCUCAUGGUCUAUGGGGUUGGAACGCUAGCUGCAUCGCAACUGAUAACGAAAGGACUAUGUUUAUAACAUUUUCUCGUGGGUUUCCUGUUUCGCAAGCGGAGGUGAAACGAUUUUUCACCAAAAACUAUGGAGAAAAUUGUGUUGAAGGCGUUUACAUGAAAGAGGACAACAAGAACUUCCUUAACGCAAAUGGGAAUGACAAUGGUCAACAACAAUCACUAUUCGCAAAGCUGGUCUUAAAUUCAGUUGCUACUGUGGAUCGUAUACUCGACGGCGAGAAGAUAAAAAGGUUUAAGUCUAAUGGAAAACAUAUUUGGGCUCGUAAGUAUAGCAUGACUAGAGAUGAUUAAUUUAGUUUUUCUUUUUUUGUUUUGUUAUUCUCUGAUAACAAAGUCUUUAUAUUAUGUUGAUGUGAUUCAAUAACAAGAAAACAUAUGUAACACCCCAAAGACGAUUUGGGCUUCUUCAUUUUUG